UGAUAACCAAGUUAAAAAAGUCCGCCGGCGGUCCGCUGCUGAGCUCACUGACGCUCUCGGGGGACACCGGCGAGGGCUUCUCCGGCGCUGGAAAUCAUGAAAUAUGUGGAGAAGAUUUUCGAUGAACUCGGACACUUCAAACGGUUCCAGGCGUGCCUGUACUUCGCCGCUGUCUUCCAGGCUGUCGCCUGCGGGAUCCACUACCUGGCCUCGGUGUUUCUGGUGGUCACGCCGAAGUUCCUCUGCGGCUCCCCCGACAAUGUCACCGGGGUGCUGUUCGAGAACCACAGCGCCGGAGCCCUGGCGGACAUCUGGCGCCACUUCGCUCCGGGCUCCGGCCCCGUCGUGGUACGGACUGCCGCCGGGGAGCAGUGGGAGCUGAGCCAGUGCAGGAGGGCGCUGAGGAUCAACCCGACCGAUUUCACCUAUCACUUUGCCGGCAACAAGAGCGUGCAGUCGUGCGCCGGGAAGUUCAGCUAUGACCUGAGCGAGAUCCAGCAGAGCAUCGUGACGGACUGGGACCUGGUGUGCGAGAAGGAGUGGCUGGCCAAGUUCUGCCAGCCCACUUUCAUGCUGGGGGUGCUGAUCGGCGCGCUCGUCUUCGGGGAUAUCGCCGACAGGCUUGGGCGGCGGCCAAUCCUGAUGCUGACCAGCCUGUGCCAAUUCGCGUUCGGCGUCGGCGUGGCAUUUACGGGCGACUACUACACCUUCGUUGUGAUUCGAUUCCUGCUGGCUAUGGUCUCAAGCGGUUACCUGGUGGUGGUGUUUGUCUACGUGACGGAGUUCACGGGGAUCAAGGUGCGCACUUGGACCUCGAUGCAUGUGCACGCCGCCUUUGCCAUGGGCGUCAUGGUGGUGGCGCUGGUGGGUCACCUCAUCAGGGUGUGGUGGCUGUACCAGGUUGUCCUGUCCCUGUGCACCAUCCCCUUCAUCCUGGUCUUCUGGAAGCUCCCUGAGACUCCCUUCUACCUGCUGGCCAAGGGCCGCUUUAAGGAGGCCCAGGAACUGCUGGACCAGAUGGCUCACUACAACGGCGCCUCCACCCCCGUCAUGGUGUCGGACUUGAUGGAGCCCGACGCGGCUAUCCUUCUGGACGGGGAGGCCAAGGCCUCAAAUGGGAAGAUGGAGAAGAAGCUCAGCAUUCUGGACCUGUUCUGUAGCUGGAGGAUGGCGGGCAGAACCCUCACAGUAUGGGCCGUGUGGUUCAUCGGUAGCCUGGGCUACUACGUCUUCUCCCUGAACUCCGUCAACCUGGGGGGAAACCAGUAUGUCAACCUCUUCCUGGCAGGUGCUGUUGAGCUCCCGUCCUACUUGGUAGGCUGCUUUGCCAUGGACAGGGUUGGCAGGAAGAGGACGUGUGCCCCAUCCCUGCUGUUGAGCGGAGCAGCCUGUAUGCUCAUCAUUGCGGUGCCUAAGGACUUUGAAGUACUCACUAUUAUCCUAAGCAUGAUGGGAAAGUUUGCCAUCGCGAUUGCCUUUGGGCUGAUUUAUCUCUACACCUGUGAGCUCUACCCAACGAUCAUAAGGUCCCUGGCCGUGGGCAGUGGGAGCAUGAUGUGUCGUGUCGGGAGUGUUGUAGCCCCCUUCUGCGUCUACCUGUCUGACGUCUGGAUCCACCUGCCACAGCUCAUAGUUGGCGUCUUGGCUUUCGCCAUCGGUGUGCUGACGCUGCUGCUGCCCGAAACCCUUGGCAAGCCCCUGACGUCCACCCUGGAGGAAGCAGAGGCCUUGGCCUCCACGCCCAGCAAGAAGUCGCUGCAGCAGCAGGCGCAGGAAAUGCACCACAGUGCCCCGCUGGAUGCCAAGGCCGACGGCCUCAGUGUGUGAUAGGAGGCAUCAGGUGAUAAAAAACAGUGGGGCAACUCGGGCGGCUGGGGAACAGGUGCCCUGACCUCUCAGGGCAGCGAAAAUACCCGACAGCCUCACUGGGGGGGUGCCGAUUAACCCCCUCUACGUUCCCCUUGUGUGGACACUAGCACAAAUCAAACCACUCGUUUAUGAAGACUCCACCCUGUCACGUAUCUGUUCAACAUAUGAAAAUUCAGAUUCCGGGGGUUUUUAUUGAAUAGAAAUCCAGUUCUUCACAAAGGUAAGACCAAAAGGAACAUGACUGUUCAGAGGAUUCCCUGUUAAUGUCAAAAUUUCUGGGCCACGUUUGGGUUUCCUGUCCCCUUUGACAUCAAAGACAGGAAGAUCCCGGAUGGCAUUUUUGCUUUGAUGUAAGGGUUGCUGAAUCGGGGAUAUUAAGGUGUUCGAGCAUGCAGAUAAGUGUAAGUGACCGUGUGUGUUUGUGUGGCUCACUCUGUGUGUGCUGUGAGAGUGUGCAUCAGAGCCCUGGCUCUCCAAACUGCCCCGAGGGACCCGUCCAAAGCCUCCCAUGUUCACACCGGAGCCAAACAAUCAAAAUAGGCUUGGUAGUUAAGUGGACUGGAAGCAGGGUCAUAUACAGGGGCGGGGCCAAAUUGACAUCGCCCUCAGCUGAAAGCUGAUUGGCUCCCAGAGUGCCUCCUCCACUGUCACUCACUGAUCCAAAACAUAUCAUUGGCUAAUGAUAAGUUUGGCCCCUAUAAAUUAUGGCUGCUCGUAUGCCCCCCACACCUUAAAAAAACUAGAAGUGUCCAGUGUGCUGGUGGUGAACAGUGGUGCUGAACUGCUGAUGGUGAUGGAAGGUAACAAAUAUGGGGACUGGCUGGGAAUCUCGGGAUGCUGCCCCAGGUCUGAACCCGACCACAGCUCCUGUCUUUGCAGUGGUGCUAAGUCACAACUAAUAGGUUACUUCCAGGUUUCAUUCACUAGCUCUGUGUAAAUAUUAGCCGCAUAAUUUAUUGUCGCCGUUUGCCGAGUCUCUUUCUUUCCAUUCUAUAAAUCUAUAAAUCUGUAUUUUAUAUACUCGUCUCUCAGGGUAUCGGUUUAAAAUACUCGAUUUGCUGGUAUCAUAAGUUUACCAAUACAGUGGAUGCCAAUGAGUUUUUAAGGUGUCAUAUUUCAUAGUGAUUAGUUCUUAAACAUGCUUUGGGGGCUAUUUUUUUGUGCCAAAAAGCACCCCCCUCCUGCCACACCAGUGUGAGGUGCUUCUUUGUUACACGGCUGUAAUCAAUGCACAUUGCAGCACAUCACAGAAUAGAAUCCAGGACGUGAAUGUUUUAAGAUCUCCCUUCAGUUUUUUAGGACAUUGAUGUUUUGGACCAAAAAUGCUUCUGGAGCCCAGGAUAACUUGAGCUGAACCUCUAGCUCACAAACAUACCUUUGUUUGACAUGAUUAACUCUUAUUUUACAACAGGCGUACUUUUGCGAUCGUCAGGUUUCUCACUUUUAACUGUAUAUUUAUCGUUUUGAUUUCGUCGAAUACUGUAAUGAUUUCUCUCAGUAAGAGUUAAAAUUAAAACAUGUCAUGUAUUUAAA